AUGUUAACAGUGAGUGGGGUGCUGGUAUUUUUUGUGGUGUCUCUGCCGUUGAUGCAGUUUCUGAAAUUGCAAUGGAUGAGAAGACAAUUUCCUCCUGGGCCAACUCCAUAUCCCUUCCUUGGAAAUCUGCUGCAGAUGAACUUCAAAAUUCAUCAUGAGCAUCUUAAAAAAAUGGCCAAAAUUCAUGGCAAUAUCUUCACCUUAUGGCUUUCAAACACUCCUGCAGUUGUCCUGCAAGGGUUUCAGGCAGUGAAGGAAGGUCUGACUGCCCGUGCUGAAGAUGUUGCUGGAAGACCUGAAAGCAGAAUCUUACAGAUUAUGACACGAGGAAAUGGUGUUUUGUUCUCUAAUGGUCAUCUCUGGAAGCAGCAGAGGCGUUUUGGGAUGGCAACAAUGAGGAAGAUGGGAGUAGGGAAAAAAGACCACGAUUAUCUACUGCAAGAGGAGGCUGCUCACUUGGUGGAAUACUUACAGAAAACAAAUGGAAAACCUCUGGACCCCACUAUGCCUGUUGUUCAUACAGUCUCAAAUGUCAUUUGUUCUAUCAUUUUUGGACAUCGUUUCUCCAGAGAGGACGAGAAUUUUCACCGCCUGAUUGAGUCCUUUGACACCCUGGCAGCAUUUUUGAACAGCAUCUCCUUUUUUAUGUAUGAGUUGUCUCCCUGGCUUGCUGGUCACUUUCUGCCAUCAGUUAAAAAGAUUAAGUCCUGCAUAGAUUUUGUGAAUGCUCUGUUAGCAAAGGAACUUGAAAGUCACAAAGCAAAAAGAAAGCUUGAUGAAAAUCGACAUUUUAUUGAUUACUAUUUGGAUGAGAUAGAUAAAACUAAAGGAGAUGCUGAUGCAACUUACGAUGAAGAAAACUUGAUCCAGACUGUUGCUGACCUCUUUAUAGCAGGCACAGAAACUACAGCCACCACUUUACUGUGGGCAUUGCUCUAUAUGGUGAUUUAUCCUGACAUUCAAGAGAAAGUCCAGAAGGAGCUGGAUGCUGUUAUGGGUUGUUCUCAUGUAUUUUGCUAUGAGGACAGGAAAAAGCUGCCCUACACAAAUGCUGUAAUUCACGAGAUCCAGAGAUACAGUAACAUAAUCUUAAUUGCCCUGCCCAGACUGAGUGUGAAGGACACGGAGCUGCUGGGAUAUCACAUUCCAAAGAACACAGUAGUUUUAGCAAAUAUUGACUCUGUUCUGGCUGAUCCUGGAAAAUGGGAGACACCUCAUCAGUUCAACCCAGGCCACUUUCUGGAUAAAGAUGGAAACUUUGUAAACAGAGAAGCAUUCUUACCAUUUGCUAUAGGGCACCGUGUGUGCAUGGGGGAGCUGCUGGCAAGGAUGGAACUCUUUAUUGUCUUUUCCACCUUGCUACAAGCAUUCACAUUCACCCUGCCAGAAGGAGUGAAGGAAGUCAACACCAAGUUUGUUUUUGGGAGCACGAUGAAGCCACCUCCGUACCAGCUCUGUGCCAUUCCUCGAUAGCAAAUGGCAGAUUCAGGGAAGAGUCACUCUGUAAAGCUGCUUCUGUAUGUGAAUUCCUUCUUGCAUGUCCUAAGAUUUUUGCUUUCCUCUUCAUUUGGUUAAUCACUACCCUGAAAGAUUCUUGACAGACAGUUGCAUCUUGAGCAUUAUAAUUAUAAAGGGCUCAUAUUUUGUUCUUUUUUUUCUGUUUGGAAAAUAUUGGUAAAUUUCUUAUGAUGUAUAACAAAUAAAGGCAUUA